GGUAGAAUGGAAUUAAUGACUCCGAGCUCACAACAAAUAAUCGGACAGAACUUACUAAUCAUUUUAGAAGUUAGUCGCAAACACCUGUUCCAGCCACCGAGUACUUUUCACUUUAUUAUUAAUUUCUUGACCUCAUGGCGACAAGCAACAACAUUCCUGAUUUAGAAUUUGAACCUGACGUUCUAUCCAGCGAAGUCCUUCGACAUCGGCCUGUGUACGAAGGUGUUACCUUCCCGCCAGCAGUAAGGAUCGAAGCCCUCAAAGAACUCAAAACUUUCCAGAUUCGACAAGAUGAUAUCUUCAUCGUUACUUUUCCUAAAAGUGGUAACUGUUCCGUGCUCUCGUCCUUUUCUGGUUUAGGUACCCACUGGGUGAAUGAGAUCGUCAGUCUCCUAGUAGCUGAAGGAGACUUAGAGAGGGUAAAUAGACGCACAACUCUCGCUCAUCUUGAGUUCGCUCUUAUUGAUGACGUAGGCAAGGAUGGCUCCAGGUACUGUUACAUGUACAAGAUGUUACAAAAGGCCGAUUCCCCACGUGUCAUUUCAACUCAUCUACCAUAUAGAUUCCUCCCUGAACAGAUGGAUGAGAAAAAACCAAAGAUCAUCUACGUCGCACGAAAUCCAAAGGACGUGUUCACAUCUUGGUUUCAUUUCAGAAAACGUGACCCUCGGUUUGGAGACCUACCCUGGGAAGAAUACUUUAAUGGUGCAAUAUCGGGCAAAUAUGUUUAUGGAUCAUGGUUUGAUCAUGUCUUGGAGUACUGGAAUAAGAGGGAGAAAGGAAAUGUUCUUUUCUUGAAAUAUGAAGACAUCAAAAUGAACGCCCGAGAGACUGUUGUUUCCAUCGCCAAGCAUCUCAAUCUAACCCCCAGUGAUGACGUCAUUGAUAGAGUGGUCCAUAGUAGUAGUUUAGAUGAAAUGAAGAAGAUGUAUCAACGAAUCAAAACAGACAACCAAGGUCCUUUCAAUAAUCAUUAUGGGAACGCUUAUGGAUCCAACAGUUACAUCAGGAAGGGAAAGAUUGGAGAUUGGAGGGAUCAUUUCUCAGUGGCGGAAAACGAGGAAUUUGACCGAGUAUUCCAGGAGAAAAUGAAGGACAGUGGACUAACAUUUGCAUUUGAAUAAUACAUAUUGCUCAAAUAUAACAUUUAUAGGUCUUCAAAGGGAUGGUCCAGGCUGGAGAUAUUCAUAUCUCAAUACAUUGAGAACAAUU